AUGUCUGAGUCGGAAUUGAGACAGAGACAAGCUGAGUUCACCAAGGAAUUGCACGGUGAAGGUGCCGAGAGCAGGACCGGUUUGACCGCGUUGCUGUCCAAGAACCGUAACGCCCAACGUGAAGCUGUUUCCAAGUACUUGAGACACUGGGACGGUAAGACCGACAAAGAGGCCGAGGACCGUCGUUUGGAGGACUACAACGAGGCCACUCACUCCUACUACAACGUUGUCACGGACUUCUACGAGUACGGCUGGGGUUCCUCUUUCCACUUCUCCCGUUUCUACAAAGGUGAGAACUUCCAAGCCGCCAUGGCUCGUCACGAACAGUACUUGGCAUACAUGGCCGGUAUCAAGAAGGGUGACCUAGUGCUGGACGUCGGUUGCGGUGUCGGUGGCCCUGCCCGUACCAUCGCCAGAUUCACCGGCUGUAACAUCAUCGGUCUAAACAACAACGACUACCAGAUCCAAAAGGCUAAGUACUACGCCAAGAAGUAUAACUUGCAAGACCACAUGGAUUUCGUUAAAGGUGACUUUAUGAACAUGGAGUUUGAGCCAAAUUCCUUCGACAAAGUGUACGCGAUCGAGGCCACUUGCCACGCUCCAAAGCUGGAAGGUGUAUACGGUGAGAUCUACAAGGUGCUGAAGCCAGGUGGUACUUUCGCCGUUUACGAAUGGGUCAUGACCGAAAACUACGACGAAAACAAUGAAGAGCACCGUAAGAUCGCUUACGAGAUCGAGCUAGGUGAUGGUAUUCCAAAGAUGUUCACCGUCGACGUUGCCAAGCAAGCUUUGAAGAACGUCGGUUUCGAAGUCGAAGUUUCUAAGGAUCUUGCUGACGAGGAUGACGAAAUCCCAUGGUACUACCCAUUGACCGGUGAAUGGAAGUACGUUCAAUCUCUAUCCGAUAUCGCUACUUUCUUCAGAACCUCUUACUUCGGUAGAAAAUUCACUAACUGUAUGGUCUCCAUAAUGGAAAAGGUUGGUGUCGCCCCACAAGGUUCCGUUGAAGUUACCGCUGCCCUAGAAAAUGCCGCUGUUGGUUUGGUCGAAGGUGGUAGAAAGAAGCUUUUCACCCCAAUGUUCCUAUUCGUCGCUAAGAAGCCAGAAGAUGCUAAAUAA